AUGAAUAGCAAAGAGCCAAUCUUGCCCCACCCUGCUCUGGACUAUGUGAUCCCUAAUGCUGAAGAACAUCAGACGCUACUGAAAGCCAUGCGUAAAGCCUGUGGCUGGGACGUUGCCAAUGUCCCGAAGUGGUUUGUCCAACAGGCUGAGGGCACGCGUGUGAUGUGCAUCUUCUACGUCCCUGGAACGAACACGGCUGUCGGGAUGGGUGGUGUUGAAAUGAAGGAUUUCGAUCGUCAGGAUAAGGACGUUGCAGAUCUCGAGACCAAGCGUGGAUGUGUCGUGUCCUUGUUCCUGUACAAGAACUACCGUGGCAAGGGCUAUCUCGGUCGCAUGCUCGAGGUCCUAGAAGACAUAGCCCGGCAGAAGGAACUUGAGACUUUGACGAUCUAUGGGCUGAGCAAGGCAGGAGGGUAUGAGAAGUUCGGAUACAAGACGUUCAAGAUCGAGCCUAGGAACUAUGGAGGCGAGAAUAAUUGGGAGACAAGGUUCUUGGCAAAGUCACUUUAA